CUGGUAGCUUCACUAUUGGCAACUUUCGAUCUCUGUUCUGAGAACUACGACAGAGUCUGCUCUCACCAACUUUUUUCCUUCUUCUGUACUGUUUUGUUUUUAGCAUAGAAGGGAAUGGAGAGUAUAGAAGAAGACGGAUGCCAGACGCCGAAGCGUGGAGACUGUUGGAUCCCGGCGGCUUCCGUGUGCCCACCGCCUCCGAAGAAGAAACCAGUUUACAGAAGGAACAGAGACCCGCCCAAGAAUGGCUACUUCAACCCACCUGAUCUUGAGCUUCUCUUUUCCAUGGCCCCAAGACGCGAAACUUGCGCGUAGCCCUCAGGAGGCUGUACGGGAGUGG